AACUCAAGAGACCGUUGAGAGCAGCACUGUACUAUUCUAUUCAGUUUAAACAGCAAUUGCGUCAUGACAAUGUCAUAGAAUUUUGCACAAAAGUAUUGUGCAGAGCACAUGUCGUUAUUUCAGUAUUAUUAAUAUUAAAAUUAGUGACAUUUGAACAUUGUUUAAAAACUAAAGAUAAACAAUGGAUAAUACAUCACAAUGGUUGACCGCAAAAUCAAUGGAGAUCCCAGAGGAGGCCCUCCGGCAAACAUUAGAAAAUAAUCCAGAAACAACUAUACAAGAGAAAAUAUAUUCAACUGCAGUAAACAAACCUUUUCUUGUAGCAGGAUUAGUUGGAUUUGUUGUUGUUGGUGGAAUAGGUGCUUAUAAAUGGAAAACAAGAACAAUACCACCUUCAUUAUUUCUUAUACAACUUAGAGUAGCGGCUCAGGGCACUGUACUAGCAUGUUUAGCUCUGGGAAUGUUAGGACAAAUGUAUACAGGAUAUAAAACAUAUAUGGAAAAUAAAAACAAAAAAUAGAAAUAUAUAAAUAAAUGUUCCUCUGGCCUUAUAUAGGAUGGCUGGAGGUAGAUUACAAUUAUAUAUUAUUAGAAAAAAAUAUGCAUAUUUAUGCAUAUUAACUAGGCUUGAAAAAUUUCAAAGUCUCUGUCAAAUUACGUGAUGGAGAAAUGCAACAAAUAUUAUUAUUAUUUAAAUGUGUGUCAAAAUAUUUUUGUUUUUUGAAAUGUAUAUUUUAUUAAAAUAUUACUUUGCUCGUCA